UUUAUCAGUCGGUUAUUGACGAGGAAGAAUCUCACGACCUCAAUAAUUUCUAUUACUUAUUUUUUUCUAGUUUUUUUAUUCAUUUAUCCAAUUACCUAUCAAAAUAAAAUUUGAAAAUGAAACGAAAAUUAUGGCAAUCAAUAUCAAGACGACGUGAUGAUCAUACUGAUGAGUCAAAAAAUCAAAUGGCACGUGUUAUGGGAAUAUUUGAUUUAACAGCACUCGGUGUUGGAGCAACACUUGGUCUUGGUAUUUACAUUUUAGCUGCAGAAGUUGCAAAAAAUCAUGCUGGACCAGCUGUUUGUAUAUCAUUUUUAAUUGCAGCAAUUGCAUCUGCACUUUCUGGAAUAUGUUAUGCUGAAUUUGCAUCACGAGUACCAAAAUCAGGAUCAGCUUACAUUUAUUCUUACGUAACAGUUGGUGAAUUUAUUGCUUUUAUUAUUGGCUGGAAUCUUGUGUUUGAAUAUAUAAUUGGUACAGCAAGUGUUGCUAAAGGUUUGAGUAAAUACAUUGACUCCCUAUCAAAUAAUUCAAUCCACGAAUAUCAAAAAUCAAUUGUAUCAUUUGAAUUUAAAAAUUUUGCAAAAUAUCCUGAUUUUUUUGCACUUUUAAUUGUAAUAAUAUUAACAGUGUUUCUUUGUAUUGGAGUUAAAGAGUCAAACUAUUUAAAUUUAAUAUUUGGAGCUAUAAAUUUAACGACAAUAAUUAUUGUUAUAAUUGCCGGAGCAUUUAAUGCUAAUAUAAAAUAUUGGCAAAUAUCUCCAAACAAGGUUACUGAAAUUAAUGUUAAUGUUGGAAAUGGUGGAUUUGUACCAUUUGAAAUAAGUGGAAUAAUAUCUGGUGCAGCACAAUCAUUUUUUGGUUUUAUUGGUUUCGAUGCAAUUGCUUCAUGCAGUGAAGAAUCAAAAAAUCCAAAAAAAAAUGUACCACGUGCAAUAAUAAUAUCAUUGAUAAUAAUAUUUAUAUCUUACAUGUCAAUUGCAAUUGUGCUGACAUUAAUGUGGCCUUAUUAUUUACAAAAUCCAGAUUCAGCAUUUCCUCAUGUAUUUAAACAAGUUAAAAUGCCGGAAAUUGGAAUAAUUGUUAACAUUGGUGGUUUAGUUGCAAUGAUUCCAAGUCUAAUUGGUGCAUUAUUUCCAGCAUCACGUAUACUCAAUGCAAUGGCAAAUGAUGGAUUAAUUUUUAAAUGUUUUACAAGUAUUAAUAAAAAUACUCAAACACCAAUUUUUGCAACAAUUAUAAGUGGUAUUGUAACUGGAAUUAUGACAAUGAUAUUUGACUUGGAACAACUUGUUUCUAUGGCAUCAAUUGGUUCACUACUUGCAUAUUCAAUUGUCGCAAUGUCUGUACUUUUUUUGAGAUAUCAAAAUCAUGAUAAUAAUAAAGUCGUAAUAUUAAAUUCAAAUGAUGAUAAAAAUAAACCAACGACUCGUGAUUACUUGAUGCAAUUUUUUAAUCUGAGUAAACAAAAAAGUCCAACAGACGUCACAUGUAAAAUUGCCAGCUGGACAAUUUUUAUUUUUACUAUUUUUAGUUUUAUUUUUGCCAUCAUGAGAAAUAUUAUAAUUAAAUAA